AUGGCGCUGUAUCCACGAAACUGGAGUUACAGAUGGUGUUACAAUGAGCUUCAGAAGGAGGCUGCCCUGGUGGAUAUGGUGAAUGAUGGGGUGGAAGACCUUCGCCUGAAAUACAUCACCCUCAUCUACACCAAAUAUGAGGAAGGGAAGGAUGACUAUGUGAAGGCCCUGCCUGGACACCUGAAACCUUUCGAGACCCUGCUGUCCCAGAACCAAGGAGGCAAAGCCUUCAUCGUGGGUGACCAGAUCUCCUUCGCCGAUUACAACUUGCUAGAUCUGCUGCUGAUCCACCAGGUCCUGGCCCCUGGCUGCCUGGACAACUUCCCCCUACUCAGUGCCUAUGUGGCAUGCCUCAGUGCCCGGCCCAAGAUCAAGGCCUUCCUGUCCUCCCCUGACCAUUUGAACCCUCCCAUCAAUGGCAACGGCAAGCAGUAAUGUAGGGAGAGACCGGAGCUGCCUGUCCUCCUUUCCCCAGCACUAAUAAAGUUUGUAAGAC